AUGACCUUGCAAUCUACAUCGCAGGAUCAUCACCUCGACUUACCUCACCGGCCCGGAGUAGAGGGGUCCGGAUCAAGUCAGACAGGCGAUCACUUGGUCUUAUCACGAGAACCAGUGCACACAGGAUGGCACAUGGGACCGAACUUCCAACCGCCUGCCCAACACGCCGCUGUGCUUACGCCUGUAGUGAGCGACAAGCUGAACCUGAACUAUCAAGACAUUCGAACACACCCACCCGCCAGCGGCGAAGUCGUCGUGAAGCUCUAUUACCAUGCUAAGUAUCCUCCAACCGCGGGACAAAAGGAUAUCAUAUUCUCUCUUGGACUGCGCAAGGGCUAUCCUCAACACAAUAUGAUCGGCGGCCAUGAAGGCAUUGGACGAAUCGUGAUGGCGCAGGACGAGUCGCUGCUCGGCAACCUGGUAGCGGCGCGAUACCUGGCCCACCACUGCCGCCACUGCCAUGCCUGCCUCCACGAUCUCCCCGAGCGCUGUCCCUCCCAACGCGACUUCCCACGAGACCACCCCGGGACGUACCAGGAGUACAUCAGGGCUCCGAUCUCGUCCUUGAUGCCCCUGCCCGCCUUCAUUUUGGAUAGCAUCCACACCGGCGCCGGGCCGAGUUUGGGUGAUUAUGCGGCUGCCAUAUGCUCCGGCGCCGCUGCAUCCAAGGCGCUAAGGAAGUUGAGCCCCAGCCCAGGAGAUGUGGUGAUGAUCAGCGGUAUUGCGGGCGCUAUCGGCCAUCUAGCCGGGCAGAUUGCAAGAAAAGUGUACAAAGCCAAGGUCAUUGGCGUCGACCUACCGGAGAAGCAGCCCGGGCUGGGCCCACGCAGCUCCGAGUGCUACGAUGCGUUCGUCCCUGCGAAUCGGGACUCGGAAGGGUCUGCCUCAUUUCUCGAAGGCCUUUCACGCGCCAGUAGCGAGUUACGGGGACCCGAUGUGCCACCUGCGAUGGCCGACGGGGUCAUUGUCACGGCGGGAUCGACGGCAGCGUACACAAAUCUAAUCGAAUAUCUGUGUGAAGGUGGCGCUAUCGUCUGCGUUGGUGUCCCUAAGCACGGCGGGGAGGUAUCCUUCCCCAUUGCCGAGGUGGUCGAAAAAGGAAUCCGGAUUCAGGGCACGCUCAUGGGCGGAUGGGAGGAAAGCUAUCGCGUCAUGCAGUACAUCAGGUCCGGCCUGCUCUCCCCCGUCGUGACGGAGAUCGAGCUGCGGGAUGUUCCCUCCUACAUGCAGCGAUUCGUGUCCUAUGAAAAUGCGGGCAAGAUCGUGGUCAACAUUGCCUCUCCCUAA